UAGAGUGUUGGAGGCUAUUUUGUAAAUGACAUCGCCGAAGUCAAGGAUCGGUAGGAUAGUCAGUUUACCUAGGGUAUGUUUGGCAGCAUGAGUAAAGGAUGUUUGUUACGAAAUAGUAAGCCAAUACUAGAUUUAAUUUUGUUUAAUGUUGAGUCUGGGAGAAGAGUUUACAGUCUAACCAGACACCUAGGUAUUUGUAGUUGUCCACAUAUUCAACCACUGGGUUAGUUAGGUGACCUGGGUUAGGUCAGACAUGUUGACCCCUCUGGGUCCCCAGGACCAGGAACCACUGGGUUAGUUAGGUGACCUGGGUUAGGUCAGACAUGUUGACCCCUCUGGGUUCCCAGGACCAGGAACCACUGGGUUAGUUAGGUGACCUGGGUCUAGAAGGCCCCUCUGAUGGUUUAGAACCAGACAGUAGGGAUGUUAUAAGGUUUAUAUGUCUCAUGUUUGCUCACUUCAAUAGUGUCUUUGGUUAUUCUCAGAGGAACUGAGAGGAAUGUCAUCAAUACUAUUAUAAAUCUGUAUGUUAUUAUGUUGUCGUAUUCCAGGACAUGACCUCUCCUACCCUUCGCCCUGUCGUAUUCCAGGACAUGAUCUCUCCUGCCCUUCGCCCUGUCGUAUUCCAGGAGAUGACCUCUCCUGCCCUUCGCCCUGUCGUAUUCCAGGACAUGACCUCUCCUGCCCUUCGCCCUGUCGUAUUCCAGGACAUGACCUCUCCUGCCCUUCGCCCUGUCGUAUUCCAGGACAUGACCUCUCCUGCCCUUCGCCCUGUCGUAUUCCAGUACAUGACCUCUCCUUCCUUUCGCCCUGUCGUAUUCCAGUACAUGACCUCUCUUUCCCUUCGCCCUGUCGUAUUCCAGGACAUGACCUCUCCUGCCCUUCGCCCUGUCGUAUUCCAGGACAUGACCUCUCCUGCCCUUCGCCCUGUCGUAUUCCAGUACAUGACCUCUCCUUCCCUUCGCCCUGUCGUAUUCCAGUACAUGACCUCUCUUUCCCUUCGCCCUGUCGUAUUCCAGGACAUGACCUCUCCUGCCCUUCGCCCUGUCGUAUUCCAGGACAUGACCUCUCCUGCCCUUCGCCCUGUUGUAUUCCAGGACAUGACCUCUCCUGCCCUUCGCCCUGUCGUAUUCCAGGACAUGACCUCUCCUGCCCUUCGCCCUGUCGUAUUCCAGGACAUGACCUCUCCUGCCCUUCGCCCUGUCGAAUUCCAGGACAUGACCUCUCCUGCCCUUCGCCCUGUCGUAUUCCAGGACAUGACCUCUCCUGCCCUUCGCCCUGUCGUAUUCCAGUACAUGACCUCUCCUGCCCUUCGCCCUGUCGUAUUCCAGUACAUGACCUCUCCUGCCCUUCACCCUGUCGUAUUCCAGGACAUGACCUCUCCUGCCCUUCGCCCUGUCGUAUUCCAGGACAUGACCUCACUUGCCCUUCGCCCUGUCGUAUUCCAGGAAAUUGACCUGUCCUGCCCUUCGCCCUGUCGUAUUCCAGGACAUGACCUCUCCUGCCCUUCACCCUGUCGUAUUCCAGGACAUGACCUCUCCUGCCCUUCGCCCUGUCGUAUUCCAGGACAUGACCUCUCCUGCCCUUCGCCCUGUCGAAUUCCAGGACAUGACCUCUCCUGCCCUUUGCCCUGUCGUAUUCCAGGACAUGACCUCUCCUGCCCUUCGCCCUGUCGUAUUCCAGUACAUGACCUCUCCUGCCCUUCGCCCCUCUGAUGUCCUUUAUUGUGACAGUGACCCCCCGACCUCACACUGCGGUGUUUUAUAGCAUCUGGGCAGUGUUCCCAGUUGGCUUGCUGUUGUGACCUCACGCUGCUGUGUUUUAUAGCACAGUGACCACAGUGACCACCUGACCCUGACACAGUGACCCCCCCCCGACCUCAGACUUCUGUGUUUACACAGACAGUAUUGUAACACGGAUGUAACAUUAAAACACAUAGGCCUAUGUAACAUGGUAACAUGUAUGUAACAUGUAUGUGCUCUGCUGUAGGAGCACACUAUCCUGUAGUAUUCUGAGCCCCCCCAACCCCCCCCCUCCGCACCUCCAGAUUCAGAAAUGGCACCCUAUUCCCAAUAUAGUGCAGUACUUUCUUUUGAUAUGCGGGAGACCCCUGAGUUAGAAUCGCCGCCUGUCGUAGAACCCUCGCUCUGUUGCUAUGGCGAUGCCCUAAAUAAGCUAGGGUACCAAAACCCCGCCCCUCCUUCCCUCCACUGCUCUCUAGAAUAGAUACCUCGUCUCCUCUGUCACGUCUUGUUGUUUCUUCUCCUCUCCGUCGUUAAACCGGCGUUCCUGAUUCAUGUGGUUAAUAUGUUGUUGUUGUUGUUGUGAUUCCGAUUUGUUGUUAUUAUUCUAUUUCAGCAUCGCUCUUUAAACCAUGAGUCAGUUUGUGAAUGAACUGGCUGACAACAACUGACCAAUCACGCGUCAGACUAGGAGACGUACGCAGACCAAUCACGCGUCAGAAUAGGAGCCGUACGCUGACCAAUCACGCGUCAGAAUAGGAGACGUACGCUGACCAAUCACGCGUCAGACUAGGAGACGUACGCAGACCAAUCACGCGUCAGAAUAGGAGCCGUACGCUGACCAAUCACGCGUCAGAAUAGGAGACGUACGCUGACCAAUCACGCGUCAGACUAGGAGACGGACGCAGACCAAUCACGCGUCAGAAUAGGAGCCGUACGCUGACCAAUCACGCGUCAGAAUAGGAGACGUACGCUGACCAAUCACACGUCAGACUAGGAGACGUACGCUGACCAAUCACACGUCAGAAUAGGAGAUGUACGCAGACCAAUCACACGUCAGACUAGGAGACGUACGCUGACCAAUCACACGUCAGAAUAGGAGACGUACGCUGACCAAUCACGCGUCAGACUAGGAGACGUACGCUGACCAAUCACGCGUCAGAAUAGGAGACGGACGCUGACCAAUCACGCGUCAGAAUAGGAGACGUACGCUGACCAAUCACACGUCAGAAUAGGAGACGGACGCUGACCAAUCACGCGUCAGAAUAGGAGACGUACGCUGACCAAUCACGCGUCAGAAUAGGAGACGGUUGAUCACCAGUUUGGGUAUAGAUAGCUCUUAAUGCUGCAGUCUGUAAUUUAGCUCGCCCCCUUGUGGCCACAGGACGAAAUGCACAAACAAUCAACACUCAAAACUAAACAUAUUAAGCCAAUCGAUGUAUAGACUCGUGAGGAACCUCUGUUUACAAACAAUGGUUGGUUUCAGAGUGUCAGUAGGGAGCAGGACUACCAGAGUGUUCUACUGCCACAGACCGACUGGUGUUCUCCAGCCCUUAUAACGGACGGUUAUUACACUUCAUAGACAGGUCAUAGACAGGUCAUAGAUCGUUAAUAUACAGACCAUAGAGGUGUCAUAGACAGGUCAUAGAGGUGUCAUACACCGUUAAUAGACAGACCAUAGAGGUGUCAUAGACUGUUCAUAGACAGGUCAUAGAGAGGUUAUAGACAGAUCAUAGACAGGUCAUAGAGGUGUCAUAGACUGUUCAUAGACAGGUCAUAGAGGUGUCAUAGACAGGUCAUAGACAGGCCAUAGAGGUGUCAUAGACUGUUCAUAGACAGGUCAUAGACUGUUCAUAGACAGGUCAUAGAGGUGUCAUAGACAAGUCAUAGACAGGCCAUAGAGGUGUCAUAGACAGGUCAUAGAGGUGUCAUAGAUAGGUCAUAGAGGUGUCAUAGACUGUUCAUAGACAGGUCAUAGAGGUGUCAUAGACAGGUCAUAGACAGGCCAUAGAGGUGUCGUAGACAGGUCAUAGAGGUGUCAUCGAUAGAGCUACCAUACAUUUGUCAGAUCUGUAUUAUGUAUCUCAUAGAUCAGCCAUGUUUUAGAGCAUAUAGACAGGUUAACAUGUUACAGAACUAUAAAAGACUCGUUAUGAACAGGUAAUAACUGGUCUACGGCACUGAGAGUCUGUUUAAUAAGGGUAGUCGCCAGUCUCUCUACUGCCACAACACCACAUCUGUUAUACCAUGACAUAAGUAUGUUAUAAACAUGUUAUAGGUGUUUAAUAAGGGUAGUCGCCAGUCUCUCUACUGCCACAACACCACAUCUGUUAUACCAUGACAUAAGUGUGUUAUAAACAUGUUAUAAACAUGUUAUGGAUGUUUAAUAAGGGUAGUCGCCAGUCUCUCUACUGCCACAACACCACAUCUGUUAUACCAUGACAUAAGUAUGUUAUAAACAUGUUAUAGAUGUUUAAUAAGGGUAGUCGCCAGUCUCUCUACUGCCACAACACCACAUCUGUUAUACCAUGACAUAAGUGUGUUAUAAACAUGUUAUAAACAUGUUAUGGAUGUUUAAUAAGGGUAGUCGCCAGUCUCUCUACUGCCACAACACCACAUCUGUUAUACCAUGACAUAAGUAUGUUAUAAACAUAGUAUAGAUGCUUAAUAAGGGUAGUCGCCAGUCUCUCUACUGCCACAACACCACAUCUGUUAUACCAUGACAUAAGUAUGUUAUAAACAUAGUAUAGAUGCUUAAUAAGGGUAGUCGCCAGUCUCUCUACUGCCACAACACCACACCUGUUAUACCAUGACAUAAGUAUGUUAUAAACAUAGUAUAGAUGCUUAAUAAGGGUAGUCGCCAGUCUCUCUACUGCCACAACACCACAUCUGUUAUACCAUGACAUAAGUAUGUUAUAAACAUAGUAUAGAUGCUUAAUAAGGGUAGUCGCCAGUCUCUCUACUGCCACAACACCACACCUGUUAUACCAUGACAUAAGUAUGUUAUAAACAUAGUAUAGAUGCUUAAUAAGGGUAGUCGCCAGUCUCUCUACUGCCACAACACCACACCUGUUAUACCAUGACAUAAGUAUGUUAUAAACAUGUUAUAGGUGUUUAAUAAGGGUAGUCGCCAGUCUCUACUGCCACAACACCACACCUGUUAUACCAUGACAUAAGUAUGUUAUAAACAUAGUAUAGAUGCUUAAUAAGGGUAGUCGCCAGUCUCUCUACUGCCACAACACCACACCUGUUAUACCAUGACAUAAGUAUGUUAUAAACAUAGUAUAGAUGCUUAAUAAGGGUAGUCGCCAGUCUCUCUACUGCCACAACACUGCCUCAGACGUUGCCAUGGAUGUGUUUUCUAAUGUAAAUAAGUCACUCCCACUUUCUACACCACCCAUGGGCCUUUAUAAACCCUCUUCAUAGGAGCUCUAUAACAGCCUGCAUUACUACUCCAUACGUAGUGGUUAUAAGUGUUUAUAAUGCUAUAAGUGUUUCUGUGGAGCUAGCCAUUGGGCUGGACUACCAUCUACAGAGAGCAGGGUUUUGUUUCCACCAAGCAGUAUCACACCUGAUGAUUCUACUUGUCAAAAUCUUUGAUUUAAUAUUACUGUGAUGAUGAUGAUGAUGUGUUUUCUAUGUGUCUGUCAUUUUAAUAACAAGCUUUUAUAUCAGUGAGA